AUGGGGCGUCGCAAGAUUCCCCACGUGGUCAAAUUGGACUCUGGUGAAUCAUACCUCGGACGAUCUUCUGCCAAUCUCUGUCCGCGAGAUUUCCUCGAGGGCAAGUACCAAGAAGCGCUGGGCGCGGUCCGACCGGUCACCCUCUAUGCCGACAGUACCCUUCACCACGUGGAUCGAAUCCGAGCACUCUUUGAAGAGUACUGCUCUCUCCUCCACCUCGACCCCCCGCAAAUCUUACAAGAAUGCAUUCCGGCAAGGAUGGAGAAUUUUCUCCACUGGAUGUUGAAGACUUACACAAUCAAAAAGACCAGCACGGUGACCACGUACUGGCGGCAGUUGAGCCAAUUGCACAUCUUGUGGACACAGCGUCGGGUGGAUCCCCAGGUCCUGAGGCAGAUCUUUGUGUUCAUUGAAGGACCUUUGACGAAAGAAUAUGGCUUGGACAACAUGGACACGGAGAAACCUCUGCUCGAAGCCGAGGAGUUUGUGGAGCUGAUCCGAUACCACUGGGCGUCCGAUAUCAACGUCUUCCACAACGAACGUCAGAGGCUGCAGCUGGCGGCGAUCCUGUUGCUCGCCGCUUUCACGGGGUCGCGACCCCACGCCUUACUGUGCGUCACGUACCGCGAUCUCGACCUGUACGUCGAAAAGGAGCAGGACACCGACACCCACCACGUCAAACUCGGAGUCAAGCUGACCAAGACCAAGUCGGGUAAGAAGAGGAAACGACCAAAGACAUACACGUUCAACCUCGACGACAAUCCGGUUUUUUGUAUCAUCACCCAUCUCGUGGGCUUGGCUUUUGAUGACGAAGCUUUUGCCGCUCCUGGUUUGGUCUCUCCCGAUAUCCUAUUCCGCCUGAAGGCAAAAGGCGAGAGUGGUUGCCAGCAAAUUCCCUUCAAGCAAGAUAUCCUGGAUACCCUGGUCUUUCGGCGGGCCGUAAAGACCAAACAAGGCGUGCAGACGUCUCCCACGGCUGGCCUGAUAGAUAGCAUCUACCAGUCUUGGGUCAAGCGGCUCGGGGAAGCCCUAGGCUAUGUCCAGACUUUGACCACGUACUGUCUCCGACGGGCAUUGGGGAAUGCGGUCAAUGAUGACCCGAAUUCCAAUGCGGCCGUUCGAAACCUCGUCCUGGACCACGUGGGGUCGUCGGCGAUCUUUGAACGUAAUUACCUCUCUCGAAUCAUUCGAUAUAGCACGCAAGACGCGUUUUGGCACCGCGAGCCCAGCCACGAAUCGGCCAAGGCUGCCAGUCGGAUUGGCCGGCUUCGCGAUCGAAAUCGGCCCAAAAAACUCACGGAAGAGCAAGGCGUACAGGUCCGCGAGGCUCCAGCCAUCCUCGAACUCCUUGCGAGUCGGGAUCGCCUUCGCAUGGACAUUCUAGGACAGUUCGGGGCCUUGAAGAUGGCCGAGGGAGAGCCCGUCUACGAUGAUUACCAGGCUCUGGGACGGACGAUCAAUAGCACCGUACGCGCUCAAGAACGCGCUCUGCUGAGGCACAUCCAGGAGGAGUACGACAUCACCGCCCCCGUGGUCAACAUCCAGAGACAGAUCCAAGGAGAUUUCCCUGACUGCAAAGAACCGAUACUUGCAGAGGAAGCGAUGAUUAAGAUCCCCGAACGACGCCGAAUCGCGGAGGCCGCCGUCAGUGAUCCAGCAAGGUUCACCGGAGAGAAGAGUUUGUUGCGACACAUCAAAUGCUGCCGCAAUAUGAUUGCACUAUGUAAGAAAAGGGAAAGUCGUACUGCAAAAAUUACCCCCCCUCCAGCUCUGCCCUUCACGGAUUCUCCCGAAGCGACUUCCAGGAAAGGGCCAGAAACGCCUCGCAGCAAUCCUCUGAAAUGCCGAGGAUUUCAGUGUCUGUUCUGCAUGAUGAGCAAUCUUCCUACGAAGGAUCGACAGCAACGGUUCAAAAGCAAGUUCUCCCUUCAACGGCAUGCAGACCGGUGUCGGCUCAACCAGUUCAUGGACGGCGAUCGGAUUCCCUGCCCUGACGACCUUGGUUGUGCUGGAGUGGUCCUGAAAGGGAAGUUGCACUUCAAGAAUCAUGCAGCUCGAGUUCAUGAUUUUGUGUUAUAG